AUGGACCUAGAACGAUGGAUCGAUCAGCUUAGAGAAGGAGAUCGCGCGUCUGACGGACCACCUCACGGGAGUUUUAGCACCACCGAUAUCGGAUUGAUCCGACGAUCCUUCUCCGAAACCUCCUCGCCGUUUCUCCAAUUCGUCAAUUUCACAGCGAAUCAUUCGAUUCCCGAAUCAGGGUUUGAUCGGAUCCACAUUAUCGAUUUCGAUGUUGGAGGACAAUGGCAAAUGAAACGUUGGAAAACCGAAACGAUUUUAUACGAUGGAGCAGAAGAAGAAAUUGAAAUGGAGUGA